AUGGAAGAGAUCGAAAUUGAUGAUUACGUUUUAUCACUUGACAUACAAUUUAAACGAUAUCCAAUGCUUUUUCAACAUGUACAAACAAUUAUAAAUAAAAAUGGCUGCCUUACAGAAAAAGAACAGCAAUUAUAUUUAUUGGGAGCAGAAAAAUUCAUAGCUAAAACAGUAAAUAAUAUCAAAUUAUUUAAGGAAUUGGCAGAUAAUAAAAAGGGGAACUAUGUAAUUGCAUUGAAAGACAAAAAUAUCAUGCUGAAAAGAGAAUUAUUCGAUUUUUAUAACGAUUUUUCCAAAAAAAUUACCGACACACUACUCCCAAUAUCUAAAACAGCAGAUUCUACAAUAUCUUGCAGAAGAUCUCUUGGUUACGUUACAACUUUAUUAUAUCCACAUUUUUCUAUUGAUGAAAAGACUACAGUACGAAAUAGAACAUUAGAAUCAUUCAAUCAAGCUAUGUAUAUGGCAAAAACAUCAUUAAAAUUUACGGAUGAUUUGAAAUUAGAACUAGUUUUAAAUUUUGCUAACUUUGAACAUAUUUGUUAUGGAUAUACUCAAGAAGCUAUCCAAAUAAUGCAGGAAGCAAUUGGAAUGGCAAUGGAGAAUGGCGGAAACGAACUCACUCCAAAAGGAAGAAGAAUGAUUGAAGCAAUGAUCAAUAACAUAACAAUGUGGUGUCACCCUGAUACAUCUUGA